AUCGUUGCGCGGAAGUGGGUAGUAGAGGGCGCCGGAAGCGACAUUCCUAUGCUGGGUGGCGUGAGGCGCCGGGGUGGGCGGGUGCUGGCCGGUGCGCUGAGCAGCGAAGGGGCCGCCUGGGGCGGCUCUGCGGCAGCCACCAUUCCUCUCCUUCCUCUGGCCGGGCCGAGCGCGCCAGGCCGGGAGCGCGCCCUGUCUUCGGCUGUCGCCGCCUUGCGCGAGGGGGGCCUGGUGGCCGUGCCCACCGACACUGUCUAUGGCAUUGCCUGCCUAGCGCAGGACUCGCGAGCCCUGCGGGCCGUCUACCAGCUGAAGGGGCGCGACGGCGCCAAGCCACUGGCCAUCUGCCUAGCCGACGUGGGUCAGGUGCACAGAUACUGCAAGGUGGCUGUGCCUGAUCAGCUCCUUCAUGAUCUCUUGCCAGGACGAGUCACGCUGGUCCUAGAGCGAUCUCAGGCCCUCAACCCGGACCUCAACCCCUUCACCCCUCUGGUUGGUGUCCGGGUCCCCAGUCACUGGUUUGUCAGGGAACUGGCCAGGGUUUGUGCCGCCCCCUUGGCCUUAACGAGCGCAAACAUCAGUGCCCAGGCAAGCAGCUUGGCAGUCACGGAAUUCCAAGAGCUUUGGCCUCAUCUAGCGCUGGUGGUGGAUGGAGGCCCAGUUGGAGACCUGCAGAGGCCAGAGUGCCGUCUGGGCUCCACGGUGGUUGACAUCUCUGUCCCUGGCAAGUUCAGGGUCAUUCGUCCAGGCUGUGCACUUACCCAGACUGUUGAAAUCCUGGUAAAGAAGCAUGGCUUGGUAGCUGAAUCUCCUGAUCUAUAAAACUCACAAAGGGGGUGCAAUUGAGUGCUUUGUGGCUCUUCAGGAAACCACUCUCAUUGGUCAUUUAUGAAGGGAUAAGGGGUUUAAUUCUGCCCAGUCAGAAGUUGUUUGGUAAAAAGAGACCCUCCCCCCCCCUUCCACUUAACCCCCAUGUCUCCUUAUAGCUUAAAAAUAUACCCUUUUAUGACUCAUUUACCCCACAGGUAAUGGGACCUUUUUGAAAUGCAGAGUCCUUAGUACUGGACACAACUAAAAUGGAAGAAUUCUUCAACAUGAAGCAUUUAGUUCUUUCCAUUCACAGAACUAGUGAAUUGCAUGGGCCAAAGGUUGUGGGAUUCUAUCAGAAGCCUUUUUUAUUGACUGCUCUGUUUCCUUGGGGAUGUGUGAACUUGGGGGAGGAGACAGCAAGUGCAACUUACAGAGACAUGGAAGGUGGGUUGGGAGUAUGCCCCUUAGGGACCAAUCUGUCUUUAUCUCCACCUCUGCUGAGCAGACGUGGUCCUUAGCAUGUAACACGCCUCAUUCAAACCAUUAAAAUGGAAACUUUAUGUGAAA